CGUUGUCAACAAGUGCUAUUCACACGUGUGUUAAUUUCAGUUUUUAACUUAAAAAUAUAACUUAAAUGUAUAUAAAAUGGAUGCUUACGACAUUUUUAAGAAAUUAACUAAAGGUUUAACUUUCAAGCACCGUGUUUUAGGCGUCAAAAACAAUAAUGAAACACCAAAACAGCCAAAAUUAAAAAAAGAAGAGGAAAUAAAAAAAGAAGAGCCAAGUGACAAUGAGGAAGAUAUACAAAAUGGAAUUCAUGAUUUAGGGUCAGGGUCUGAAUCAGAAGGUCAGACAGAUGGAGCUUCUGACAGCCAGAACUCAGAAGAUGAGGAUUUGCAACUUGUUGAAGGUGUCAAAGCCGGUGAUAAAAAGAGAAAGAAAAAGAUAAAAGAAAAGCCAGAAGACUUGAAAAAGAAAUUAGAAUUAGAAGAGCAAAAUAGAUUCCGCAACGAAUAUGGUAUUAAGGCUGUGGGUCGUCACAUCCCGGCUGCUUUGCAAGACUUCUCAGAUCUGAUAACGCGGUAUAAAGUGUCUCAGGCUCUGGUGGAGAGCGUCAAACAGUGCGGGUAUACCGAACCCACCCCUAUUCAGAGGCAGGCCUUGCCUUGUAUGUUGGAGGACCGUCAAAUCCUAGCUUGUGCCCCUACCGGCUCUGGCAAGACAGCCGCAUUCCUCGUCCCCAUACUUCACGCCCUAGGUGCCCCACAGGGUGGCCCAAGAGCCCUCAUACUGUGUCCAACAAGGGAGCUGGCCCAUCAGAUAUACCGUGAAGCAUUACGCUUGAGUGCUGGAACUGAACUGAGGGUUAGUGUGCUCCGAACAGUGAAGGAAAGUAAGGUGAAGGAACGAGAAGCUACUAUUAGGAAGAGUGAUAUUGUAAUAAGUACACCAAAUCGACUCUGCUAUUUACUAAAUCAGGAUAAUGUCGGCAUUACGCUUGAAAAGGUGCGCUGGCUAGUAAUAGACGAAGCGGACAAAAUGUUCGAGGGUUCAACAGAACAGCAGUCAGACUUCAGACAGCAGAUGGACGAGAUAAUGUCGGCGUGUGGCAGCAAGCAGCGGCGCGUGGCCAUGUUCAGUGCCACGCACACGCCCAGCGUGGCCAAGUGGUGUCGCCACCACAUGCGCGGCCUGAUCAACGUCACUGUGGGACAGAGGAAUGCAGCAACAAACCUGGUGGAGCAGGAGUUAUUGUACUGUGGCAAUGAAAACGGAAAACUGAUUGCGUUCAGACAACUCGUGCAGAAGGGUUUGAAACCUCCUGUUUUAGUGUUCGUCCAAAGCAAAGACCGCGCGAAGCAGUUGUUCAAGGAAUUGAUUUACGAUGGUAUCAAUGUCGACGCCAUACACGCAGACAGAACUCAAGCGCAGCGGGACAAUGUGGUGCACAGUUUCCGCGUGGGUCGCAUCUGGGUCCUAAUCUGCACGGAGCUGAUGGGACGCGGUAUGGACUUCCGCGGGGUCAAUCUAGUUGUCAACUAUGACUUCCCACCAUCAGCCAUCUCUUACAUACACAGGAUCGGUCGCGCGGGUCGUGCUGGACAAAAAGGAAAAGCGAUUACAUUCUUCACACAAGAUGAUGUUGCUAAUCUUAGAAGUAUCGCAUCAGUGAUGAAGCAGUCCGGUUGCGAAGUGCCGGAAUACAUGUUGAAACUGAAGCAGAGCGCCGGCAGACGGAAGGCCAGGAUGACGAAGGCACCACGACGAGACAACAUCUCCACUAUAUUGGAGAAACGAAACAAGAGAAAAUUAGAAGAUGCUUCAGAUCAAAAGACUGAAAAUACAAAAGAAACAGUCGCUGUAAAAGGCGGGAAGCACACUAAACAAAGGAAGAUCCAAAAUGGCGGAAAUAAACCUAACAAGAAAAUCCAAGAUGGCGCUGGAAAAGAAAUGUCCAGCAAGAAGAAUCAGAAGAAAAAAAUACAUAAGAAAAAUAAGAAAAAAGUUUUAGUGAAAAAGAAUUGUUAAAAAUUAACCAUAGUUGAUAAUUUGAGUGUAAAUAUAAUAUUGUUAAUUCCUAA